AAACAACAAUGUUGUCUUUACUCUCUAUUGUCUUGACUUUUCUUUCUCUUGUUAUCAUGCCUUGUCUCUUCGUCUCUUGGCGUCUACUUGUUCCCCUCUCCAUUACAAAUAUCCGCAGAUUCAUCAAAACCGCAGCUUCUCAAAGCAAUAAUAGAGAGGAGAGCGGUACAACUGGAGAGAAGGAGAAAGGAGGGAAAAUGCCAAAGCAUGUGGCGAUCAUAUUGGACGGAAACAGACGUUGGGCAGAGAAACGAGGACUCGGGCCAUCGCAAGGUCAAGAAGCCGGAGCGAGAACUGUAAUGGAGAAUGUUAAGGACUAUUUCUCUAUGGGGAUAAACACUGUUUCACUCUUUGCUUUCUCCACCGAAAAUUGGGGAAGACCCGGGGAUGAAGUUAACUACAUAAUGGACAUGUUUGAGAAACUCGUCAAGUCUGAGAUGUCUAACUUGCGCAGAUAUGGCGUCAAAGUCUCGGUCAUCGGGAAACGGACAAAUAUUCGGGAGUCACUUCUAGAUUUGAUACGAGAGGCAGAAGAAGCUACAAAGAACAACAAAGAGAAGCAUCUCAUUGUGGCGUUAGACUACAGUGGAAAGUUUGAUAUCUUACAAGCAUGCAAAAGUCUUGCUGAAAAGGCAAAAAACGGGCUGAUCAAUGUAGAGGACAUCGACGAAAAUCUGAUGGACAAAGAGUUGAUGACAAGCUGUAGUGAGUUCCCAAACCCUGACCUACUGAUUAGAACAAGCGGAGAACAAAGGAUUAGUAACUUCUACCUAUGGCAAUCAGCUUACACAGAGCUCUAUUUUCCUAGUGUUCUAUGGCCUGACUUCGGAGGAACUGAGUAUCUCGAGGCCUUGGAUUGGUAUCAGAAGAGGCAGAGGCGAUUCGGUCGAAGGGUUUAA